UCGAGACACAUGCGCAGUUCAUAGGAGGCAGCAAGAAACGGAAACUGAAAAAGUGACGCACAAUGACGUUUUCCAUCGUGCGUCAAUGGCAGGGCUCCAAUCCACUAUUAAUAAAUGAAUACAAAACAAAUAUUGGGUGAUACCUAGGCAGUAACAUGAGCCGGUGCGUGACUGUUUAUGGGUGACGUGCAGGAGGAGGAGGAGGAGGAGAAUCUCCCCUUCACGCCCUCUUGACUCGGUCGGGACCUCAGAGCAGAGAAGCCUCAGGCAGGAAAAAGGUGAAGAAGAUGAAGAAGCUGGUGGUGUUUCUGCUCUGCCUGGUCUUGCUGACCAUCUACACAGAUGCUAACCCGAUCAUCAAGGAAGCUAAGCAGCUGCUCCGCAGCAAGAGGCAGGAACGGCCAAUGAAGGCCGGCCACCCCGAUGAGCCCAUGAGGGAGCAUCUGCUCCACAUGCAGGCUCUGGACCAGAGGGCCCAGGAGACCAACCUGGAGCACUGGCUGAACCCCCACUGCUACCCUCGCUGUGACAGGAACUAUGGAUACCCUGUCUGAUGGAGUAAAGGACCACAAUGACAACUCUAGAAAAAGACCCUCCUUUCUGUCUCUCCUAAAAUAUGACCAUGAAGACUUCUGAUAUAUAAAUGGCCAUGUGUAUAAUCUUACUGUAUUACAAAUAUAUAGUUUCUGCAUUUUUCUUGUGUAUCAAAGAGUGAAAUGUAUUAUAGUGAAUACAAUCACAAAUAAAUCCAUGCAUGCUCCUA